UGGCAAAGACUCGCUCUUAACUCUGUUUUCGCGGGUGUGCUGCCGAUCUCGAUUUAUCGAAGGCUCGUUACUCGAUAUCGUUGAGAUUCCUUCACUUUUUUUGGGAAGUUUGUGUGAUAAAUUGUGUUGAUUCUCAUUAUUCGAUCAUGUGAUUGUUAUAUCGUAUUAUUGUUGUUUUUUUGGUGAAAUCGAUCGGGCAUUUGUAUACAGCUUUAUUACAUAUUAUAAAUCGUAUACACAUACCGAUACAUAUUGUUGUGCGCGAAGGUCGACGAACAGAGUGUAUAGAAAGAAGAAGAAAAAUUUUAGCACGAGGAAAUUCCUAGCAAAAAAAAGUGUAUGCAAGCCUCGAGGCGUGUCGGUCAACUUCACGCUAAGCAACAUCCGAAAAGAGACGAAUCAAUCCGAAUGGUUAACGACGUGAUGAGCGAGUACGAGCGUAUCAAGCGUUCGUGCUUGAAACGCGGCGAGCUGUGGGAGGAUCCAGAAUUUCCUGCCAUCCAGGCCUCGGUCUUCUACCAUCAAGUGCCGCCCUUUCAAUUCCAAUGGAAGAGACCAAGAGAACUGUGCAAUCGGCCGGUAUUCGUCAGCGAUACACCGACCCCCUUCGACGUCAUACCCGGCAAACUUGGCGACAAAUGGCUGGUAGCCUGCAUGGGCUUGCUCCAUCUCAACAAGGGCCUGUUUUACCGAGUCGUUCCAGCGGAUCAGGGCUUCGGUCCUUUGACGGAUAUCGACGUCGGCUCGAACUGCAGCAGCGACUACACGGGGGUGUUUCGUUUUCGGCUGUGGUGGUGCGGCGCCUGGGUCGAGGUCCUCGUCGACGAUCGUCUGCCCUCGGUACACGGCAGACUGGCCUUCCUGCAGAGUCGACACAGCGAUCAGUUCUGGCCGGCGUUGCUCGAGAAGGCAUACGCCAAACUGCACGGCUCGUACGAGGCGCUCAAGUACGGCACUCUGCUCGACGGCCUGUCCGACCUCACGGGCGGCAUCACCGAGGUGAUCGCCAUCCGCCAGGAUCCCACGGGCUGCGGUCGCGCGCUCGCCAAGCUCCUCGACAUGACCUCCCUCGUCACCUGCACCGUCAACAACAACGUCACCCAGCUGCUCAGGCCCACGGAGAAGCUGGCCAACGGCAUCCAGAUGGGCAUCAAUUAUCGCCUGUACGCGAUCGAGCGCGUCGAGACGUUCCAGGGCGAGCCCGUGCAGCUGGUGAAAUUGCGCGAUCCGCUGGGCACGGCGGGCGGCGAGUACGUCGGCGCCUGGGCCAGGGGCUCGCUCGAGUGGGACGAGGUGCCCGUCGCCGAGUGCGAUCGACUCGGCGUCCGGGCCAUGUGCGACGGCGAAUUCUGGAUCUCGUACUCGGACUUCGUCAAGACGUUCACGCAUCUGGAGGUGGUGCAUCUGGACGCGGAGACGGCCCGCGACGAGCCUUCGCUCCACGGCAAGCGCACCUGGCAGAUGAAGCUGUUCCACGGCAGUUGGCGCAGAGGAGUCACGGCGGGCGGCUGUCGCAACAAUCAGGAGACGUUCCACAUCAAUCCGCAGCUGCAUCUGGCCCUGGCCGAUCUCUGCGAGGAGAUCGUCGUCUCCCUCCACCAGCACUCGAUCCUCGAGCCCAAGGUCAUCGGGUUCACGGCCUACUCGAUGCCGAAGAACAGCAGCGAGUCGAUCGAGGGCGCCUUCUUCAAGCAGAACAAGUCCCUCAUCAAUUCGCAGUACACCAACAGUCGCCAGGUGAGUCACAGGUGUCAGCUGCAGCAGGGCGGCUAUCUCAUCGUGCCCACGACCUUCGAGCCGGCCCAAGAGACCAACUUCACCCUGAGGGUGUACAGCAGCAAACCGCUGAAGCUCAAACUGCUGGACACGCCGCCGGUGCUGCUGAAGUCGGCCAUAGUCAAGGCGCCGCCGCUCGAGGGCAAGGGUUUCUCCCAGUACGAGGCGGUGUUUCUGCAGCUCGCGGACGAGCACAGGACCGUCAACGCGUUCGAGCUGCAGGAGCUCUUGGAGGCUUGUCUGCCCAAUGAUUACAUCAAGAGCUGCGCCUGUAUGGACGUGUGCAGGCAGGUCGUGCUCACGAUGGACAGCACCGGAAACGGUAGGCUGAAGUUCAGCGACUUCAAGGAUCUCAUGUGCAGCCUGAGGUAUUGGCAGGGGGCCUUCAAGAAUCACACGAAAGAAAAGACCGGCAUACUGAAGGCCGAAAGAUUGCGCGACGCCCUCCACGAAGUCGGUUUCCAAUUGAGCACCGACGUACUCUCCAUUGUGAUUCUCCGAUAUAUGAGGAAGGACGGCACGCUGAGAUUCGGCGACUUCGUCGCUGCGAUUCUACAUCUCAACGAUGCCUUCGCGAUAUUCGAAAGUAAAGAUCCUCUACUGAACGGAACCAUAAAAUUGAGCCUGACCGAGUGGCUACGAGCAUCGAUGAUGUGUUAAUUUGUUAUUUAAUUAUAAAAAAAACUGUUGUAAUUUUUAUUUUAUAGACAAAAAAGAAAAGAAUAAUCGCCUUGUAAAUAAAAGUAGCGUAAAUUACACUAAAUCUUCUUAAAGUAUAAAUAACACGAUAUAACAUUUUAUAGAAAAAAAAAGAAAAAAUCAGCUGAGAAAACGUUAGCCAUACUAAUUGCUUAUUUAGUUUUACCCAUUUUUGUAAUAUAUAAUCGUCUCAGCGUCAAUUUUACUAUACGAUGUACGUCCUUCCCGCCUUGCUCUCUUUAUAAUUAACAAAAAUUAUUAUCUUUAUUUAAACGUUAAUGUUGCGUAAUUUUUAUGUAUAAAAUCUCGAGUAUUGUAUCGCGUACAAUUAUAUGAUAUUAUAAAUAUUAAUAUAGAUAAUAAAAUAAGUACGUUUUUAUUAAAAAUCAUCUUCAAUUCAUUAUUUUAUAAAACU